AUGUUUCAUUUUGUUCAUAUCUAUCUAUCUAUCUAUCUAUCUAUCUAUCUAUCUAUCUCAGGAUGUUCAUAUCUAUCUAUCUAUCUAUCUAUCUAUCUAUCUAUCUAUCUCAUUCUGCUCAUUAUCAAUAUUAAUAAAACAAAUCAAUACGCCUACGCCUUAUCCUCGAUACCCGAUCACUUACCCAGAUGCCUCACCAACGAAUACAGCGCACACUUACACAGAUUUCGGAUGAACCAUGAUUGGACGAUCUUAAACAGAUUUCUGUUGUGCCCAAAUUACAAAACGUUACACAUUACGACGUCUUUCUUUCGUUUUUCCUCAACAUUUUCAAUUGAAUUCUCUUGUUGCUCUUUCUUUCAUCAGCCUAUUAAUUUCUCUUUCUUUUUUAUAUCUUUAUUCGUUUGUUUUUUAUUUCGUUUUUUAUAUUUUAUUUCACUUGUUUUUCUUUCUUUUUUAUAUUUUUAUUCGUUUGUUUUUUCUUUCUUUUUAUAUUUUUAUUCGUUUGUUUUUUCUUUCUUUUUAUAUUUUUAUUCGUUUGUUUUUUCUUUCUUUUUUAUAUAUUCAUUCGUUUGUUUUUUCCUUCUUUUUUAUAUUUUUAUUCGUUUGUUUUUUCUUUUUAUAUUUUUAUUCGUUUGUUUUUUCUUUCUUUUUAUAUUUUAUUCGCUUGUUUUUCUUUCUUUUUUAUAUUUUAUUUCGCUUGUUUUUUCUUUCUUUUUUCAUAUGUUUAUUCGCUUGUUUUUUCUUUCUUUUUUAUAUUUUUAUUCGUUUUUUUUCUUUUUAUAUUUUUAUUCGUUUGUUUUUUCUUUCUUUUUAUAUUUUUAUUCGUUUGUUUUUUCUUUCUUUUUUAUAUUUUAUUUCGCUUGUUUUUUCUUUCUUUUUUAUAUUUUUAUUCGUUCAUUUUUUCUUUUUUUUUUAUAUGUUUAUUCGUUUGUCUUUUCUUUCUUUUUAUAUUUUUAUUCGUUUGUUUUUUCUUUCUUUUUAUAUUUUUAUUCGUUUGUUUUUCUUUUUUUUAUAGUUUUAUUCGUUUGUUUUUCUUUCUUUAUGUAUUUUUAUUCACUUGUUUUUUCUUUUUAUAUUUUUAUUCGUUUGUUUUUUCUUUCUUUUUUAUAUUUUUAUUCGUUUGUUUUUUCUUUCUUUUUAUAUUUUUAUUCGUUUGUUUUUUCCUUCUUUUUUAUAUUUUAUUUCGCUUGUUUUUUCUUUUUUUCUUUUUAUUCGUUUGUUUUUUCUUUCUUUUUAUAUUUUAUUCGCUUGUUUUUCUUUCUUUUUUAUAUUUUAUUCGUUUGUUUUUUCUUUCUUUUUUAUAUUUUUAUUCGCUUGUUUUUUCUUUUUUUAUAUUUUUAUUCGUUUGUUUUUUCUUUCUUUUUUAUAUUUUUAUUCGUUUGUUUUUUCUUUCUAUUUUAUAUUUUUAUUCGUUUGUUUUUUCUUUCUUUUUAUAUUUUUAUUCGUUUGUUUUUUCUUUUUUAUAUUUUUAUUAGUUUCUUUUUUCUUUCUUUUUUAUAUAUUUAUUCGCUUGUUUUUUCUUUUUUUAUAUUUUUAUUCGUUUGUGUUUUUUUUCUUUUUAUAUUGUUAUUCGUUUGUUUUUUCUUUCUUUUUUUAUCUUUAUUUGUUUGUUUUUUCAACACUUCUUCUUCUUCUUCUUCUUCUUCUUCUUCUUAUUAUUAUUAUUAUUAUCUUCUUCUUCCUCCCCCUCCUCCAUCUCCCUAUCCUUCGUCUUCUUCCGCCUCCUCCUCUUUUUUCUUCUUCAUCUUCUUCCGCCUCCUCCUCUUUCUUCUUUUUCUUUUUCCUCCACCUCUUCCUCCCUCUCCAUACCUUCAUCUUUCAUCUCCUCCUCUUCCUUCUUCUUCUUCUUCUUCUUUUCCUUCUCCUUUCCUUCUUCUUAUCUUCUUCUUCCUCCCCCUCCUCCAUCUCCCUAUCCUUUAUCUUCUUCCGCCUCCUCCUCUUUCUUCUUCUUUUUCUUUUUCCUCCACCUCCUCCUCCCUCUCCAUACCUUCAUCUUUCAUCUCCUCCUCUUUCUUCUUCUUCUUCUUCUUCUUUUCCUUCUCCUCUCCUUCUUCUUAUCUUCUUCUUCCUUCCCCUCCUCCAUCUCCCUAUCCUUCGUCUUCUUCCGCCUCCUCCACUUUUUUCUUCUUCAUCUUCUUCCGCCUCCUCCUCUUUCUUUUUCUUUUUCCUCCAACUCCCUCUUCAUACCUUCAUCUUUCAUCUCCUCCUCUUUCUUCUUCUUCUUCUUCUUCUUCUUCUUCUUCUUCUUCUCUCCUUCUUCUUAUCUUCUUCUUCCUCCCCCUCCUCCCUCUCCCUAUCUUUCGCCUCCUACUAUUUUUCAUUUUCAUCUUCCUCCUCCUCCUCCUCCUCUUUCUUCUUCUUUUUCUUCUUCCUCCACCUCCUCCUCCCUGUCCAUACCCUUCAUCUUCUAUCUCCUCCUCUUUCUUCUUCUUCUUCUUCUUCUUCUUCUUCUUCUUCUUUCAGUAUUUCCCCUUCCUCCUCUCUGCAUCUCUUCCCCACCCCAGCUAA